AUGGAGCCCUCGGCUGCCGCGGCGGGCUCGCCCGAGCCAGCGGCGGCGUCCUCUUCCUUCCAGGCCCGGCUCUGGAAGAACCUGCAGCUAGGGGUGGGCAAGAGCAAGGGCGGCGGGGGCGGGCGCUCGGGGGUCCCCGAGCGCCGCACUGCGGACACCCCGUCGCCCUCCCCGCCCCCCCCGGGGGGUAGGCGGGACGCACCGGCCGGCUUGGGUGGCGUGGGCAGCAGGUGGAGCGGCUUCAAGAAACGGAAGCAAGUGCUGGACCGCGUCUUCUCCUCAUCCCAGCCCAACCUGUGCUGCUCCUCGCAGGAGCCUCUCGAGCCCGGGGGUGCCGGCAGAGCGGAGCAGGGGUCCACGCUGCGCCGCCGAAUCCGCGAGCAUUUGCUUCCCGCGGGAAGGGGGCCGGUGGCAGCCGCCGGAGUGACGCCUCCUGGCGGACGCUCCCCGGACUCAGCUCGCUCUUCGUCCUCUGCCUCAUCCUCCCUGUCCUCCUCACCCCAGCCGCCCCCGAGGGGCGACCGCGCCCGAGAUGAGGGUGCACGGCGUCGGGGCACCGCGGCGCACUUGUGCCAUCAGAAGAGUUCCUCCCUGCCGGGCACCGCCUGCUUGGAGCAGCUGCUGGAGCUGCCGCCGCCACCUCGAGCUGAGCCAGCACGGAGCCCAGCAGUGCCGCGAACCGCGGAGAAGGGCGAGGAGCGCUGCAGCCGCCGGAAAAUAAAUACUGCUGGAACCAGUAAUGCAGAUGUCCCCUUGGCUGAUCCCAGAAUGUACCAAUUGGACAUUACAUUAAGAAGGGGUCAGAGUUUAGCUGCCCGAGAUCGAGGAGGGACAAGUGAUCCAUACGUGAAGUUUAAAAUUGGAGGAAAAGAAGUUUUUAGAAGUAAAAUAAUACACAAGAACCUCAAUCCUGUGUGGGAGGAGAAAGCUUGCCUUCUUGUUGAUCAUCUUAAGGAGCCAUUGUAUAUAAAGGUAUUUGACUAUGACUUUGGACUACAGGAUGACUUUAUGGGCUCAGCUUUUCUGGAUCUCACACAAUUGGAGUUAAACAGGCCCACGGAUGUGACUGUAACACUGAAAGAUCCCCAUUAUCCUGACCAUGACCUUGGAAUCAUUUUGCUCUCAGUCGUCCUUACCCCUAAGGAAGGAGAACACAGGGAAGUGCAGAGUUCAAUCCACAGCUUUCUUCAUUGGAGGAUUUAUGAAAUAAAAACAAUGCUAAUGAGGAAGAGUUGGAAAAGAUCAAGUAAGGAACUCUCAGAAAACGAAGUGGUUGGAUCUUAUUUCUCUGUGAAGUCUUUCUUUUGGAGGUUUCAGACCCAAAGUUUACGUCUGUCAGACGUACACAGAAAGCCACAUCUUUGGAGAGGAAUAGUCAGCAUCACAUUGAUUGAGGGGCGAGACCUCAAGGCAAUGGAUUCAAAUGGGUUGAGUGACCCCUAUGUGAAGUUCCGGCUUGGGCAUCAGAAGUACAAGAGCAAGAUUAUGCCAAAAACUUUGAAUCCUCAGUGGAGGGAACAAUUUGAUUUUCAUCUCUAUGAAGAAAGAGGCGGAAUCAUUGAUAUCACUGCAUGGGACAGAGACGCUGGGAAAAGGGAUGACUUUAUUGGCAGGUGCCAGAUUGACCUGUCGGCUCUCAGUAGGGAACAGACACACAAGUUGGAGUUGCAACUGGAGGAAGGGGAGGGACACCUGGUGUUGCUGGUCACCCUGACAGCUUCGGCCACAGUCAGCAUCUCUGACCUCUCCAUCAUCUCCCUGGAGGACCCGAAAGAACGCGCGGAGAUAUUAAAGAGAUAUAGCCCAUGGCGGAUAUUUCAUAACCUGAAAGAUGUGGGAUUCCUCCAGGUGAAAGUGAUCAGAGCAGAAGGGUUAAUGGCCGCUGAUGUCACAGGUAAAAGUGACCCAUUUUGUGUGGUCGAACUGAACAAUGAUAGGCUGCUAACACAUACUGUCUACAAAAAUCUCAAUCCUGAGUGGAACAAAGUCUUCACAUUCAACAUUAAAGAUAUCCAUUCAGUUCUUGAAGUGACAGUUUAUGAUGAAGAUCGGGAUCGAAGUGCUGACUUUCUGGGCAAAGUUGCUAUACCAUUGCUGUCCAUUCAAAAUGGUGAACAGAAAGCCUACGUCUUGAAAAACAAGCAGCUGACAGGGCCAACAAAGGGGGUCAUCUAUCUUGAAAUAGAUGUGAUUUUUAAUGCUGUGAAAGCCAGCUUACGAACAUUAAUACCCAAAGAACAGAAGUACAUUGAAGAGGAAAACAGACUCUCUAAACAGCUGCUACUAAGAAACUUUAUCAGAAUGAAGCGUUGUGUCAUGGUGCUCGUAAAUGCUGCAUACUACAUUAAUAGUUGCUUUGACUGGGAUUCACCCGCAAGGAGCCUCGCUGCUUUUGUGCUCUUUCUCUUUGUUGUCUGGAACUUUGAGCUCUACAUGAUACCAAUGGCUUUGUUGUUACUAUUGACAUGGAACUACUUCUUGAUAAUAUCAGGGAAAGAUAACAGGCAACGUGAUACAGUAGUGGAGGACAUGCUAGAGGACGAGGAAGAAGAAGAUGACAAAGAUGACAAGGACAGCGAAAAAAAGGGAUUUAUGAACAAAAUCUAUGCCAUCCAGGAAGUAUGUAUCAGUGUCCAGAACAUCCUAGAUGAAGUUGCUUCCUUUGGCGAAAGGAUAAAGAAUACUUUCAACUGGACCAUCCCAUUCUUAAGCUGGCUGGCCAUUGUAGCCCUCUGUGCGUUCACAGUCAUCCUGUACUUCAUUCCACUGAGAUACAUUGUCCUUGUCUGGGGCAUCAAUAAAUUUACAAAAAAGCUGCGGAGUCCAUAUGCAAUUGAUAAUAAUGAACUACUUGACUUCCUUUCCAGAGUCCCUUCAGAUGUGCAAGUGGUGCAAUACCAAGAACUGAAACCAGAUCCUUCUCAUAGCCCAUGUAAAAGGAAGAAAAACAAUCUUGGCUAGCCAGCUCCCAGCACUGAGGAGACCAGCAUCUGUUUGGGAAGAUAAAAGGAAAAGCCUUCAGCCUGAGCUGCAUUUCCUUUUUUUCUGUUUUUUAUUUAUUUUGCCAUUUAACCAUGAUUGAGAGAAUUUGUAAAUAGUGUACAAAGGCAUAUGUCUUUGAAAAUAUACUUCCGUUGUACAGAAUCAAUUUGAUAAAGGUUUAGCUAUUGCUGCGUGAAAGCCUUGUUAGCUGUGGAUAAUAACACAUUGGAACAACAAAUGUAAGAAUGGUAACAUUGGGAGAUACACAUUUUUCUAAUUACAAGUGUAAGAACUAGAAUAUUAAAUGCUCAGCCGUGCUCUGAUGAAAUCUACAUAAAAUGUAAAUGUCAAUGUGAUUUUAAAGUUUUUUUUUAAUGUGAAUAUUUUUUAUCUGAAAAAUAAUCCAUUACAGUUUUCUAUGUUUUAUACAUUUCAAAAGGGAGGAAGGAUUCCAGAACCUAAAUAAUGGAACAGAUGCAUUACAACUUUAACAUAGAUUCGGAUCCUGAUAUUCAUUCCUCUGCAAAUUAUUUAGAUAUGACUAGACUGACUUUAAGCUAAUGAGUGAAGGUGUAUUCACCUCCUCAAGAGAAUUUUCCACACACUUAAAUCCUACAAAGAAAAUUUCCAAAUCUUCUAUCAUUCCAUCUAAAACCUUAAAAUCUCUACAGGACUACACAAAAAAUACUGCCAGGUUUAUAAAUGAUGAUUGCCUAUAAGGAUUUUUAUACCAAUCACUAUUAAUUUGUGCCAAGUUAGCAAAUUAGCAACCCAGUUCAGUUGUCAAAAAUCUAGCAAAUUAAAUCCACAUUGCUUUUGGUGUCAGAUUAUGCCUCUGUGCAUCUAAAAAUAUUUAAUACUCAAGUGUUCUCACAGAAAAAAAAAUGUAUCUACUUUCUUAUUAGGUCACUGAACUGCUUUGAUAUGCAUAUUAUGAUUUUUGUUAUUAGUGUGAAUUUUAACGUAGAGGAGAAUGCAGUGUGCUAAGUGA